UCCACAGGGCUCAUCUCAAUGGCUUUUCUCUCUGCUAAACUGGCCUCCUCCACUUCUGUACUUGCAUUGAUACUAGUAGCUGCUUCGCUGUGUGUGAUCGAAGCCAAACAAUUUGGAAUUGGAAUAGGGAGGCCAAAGCAGAGAGAGUUUGAUUAUUAUAACUUGGCCCUGCAAUGGCCUGGGACUUACUGUAAACGCACCCAAUAUUGCUGCCCCAACAACGCCUGCUGCCGUGGCUCAAAUUCUCCGACUGUGUUCACAAUCCAUGGAUUGUGGCCUGACUACAAUGAUGGAAGCUGGCCUGCCUGUUGCACAAGGAAGACUUUUGAUGAGAAAGAGAUCUCAACAUUGCUCGACCCCUUGGAGAAAUAUUGGCCAUCAUUGAGUUGUGGUAAACCAUCAUCUUGCCAUGGUGGAAAAGGAUCAUUUUGGGGUCAUGAGUGGGAGAAGCACGGGACUUGCUCAGCUCCAGUAACAGGAGAUGAAUACAACUACUUUUUGACAACCCUGAAUGUGUAUUUUAAAUACAAUGUCACAGCAGUCCUGAAUGAAGCAGGAUAUGUACCUUCUAAUACUGAAAAAUAUCCUCUUGGAGGCAUUGUUUCUGCCAUUCAGAACGCUUUCCAUGCAACCCCAAAGUUGGUCUGCAGAAAUGGUGCUGUGGAGGAACUUCAUCUUUGCUUCUACAAGGAUUUCAAGCCUCGGGAUUGUGCCGGUGCAUCUAGCAGUUCAAAUGACAUGUUGUAUUCUAGUAGCUCAUGUCCCAAUUAUAUCAGCAUACCAGCAUAUGCAUCACUGGUGGAAGGCAAUGUGGAAAGUGAGGUUUCAUGGGUGCCAGAGGAUGUUCUCUGAGGUCUUGGUGGGUGGACAGGUUGUAAAUUGCCCAAUUCAGUUCAAAUGUGUUCCUUAAGCAAUGUCACUAACUUUUUAGUCUCUACCAGUAUGAUCAAAAUGUUGUGUAUAUUCAGAUUCUAAAAAUGGAAUUUGCUGAGCAUUCCUCUUAUUAAGAUUGGCUCUACUUCGUCAUCUGUACUCUUAAAAUGUUAUGUAAAUUCAGUUCCAAAAAUAAAAGCUGGGAAAUGCAAAUGCUUGCAUAAUUUCAUAAGCUACAAAAUAGUAUUCAGGAAUAGAACACUGGUUUCUUUGAAUUC